UUGCCCUCAUCCAAUUCCUUUUUCUCAGACGAAGUGUACGGUAAGCACAUCCCAGUGGAAGUGGUGAACGACUUCCGAUCGGACAUUCGUAAACCAUCAACAUCGCAAAAACGUUCGAAGCGGAACGGUGUCUCACGAGUGGCGAAACUCUGGCCAGGUGCUCGAAUUCCAUACGCGAUCUCUCCCCACUAUACACCGUAUGAGCGUGCGUUGCUAGCUCGAGCCGUCAAGCAGUACCACGAGAAGACGUGUAUUCGUUUCGUGCCGCGAUCCGGUGGCGAACCUGAUUAUCUUUUCAUUGGUAAAGUCGACGGGUGUUUUUCUGAAGUGGGUCGUACGUCCGGAGUACAGGUGCUGUCGUUGGACAACGGAUGUAUGGAAUAUGCCACAAUCAUUCAUGAAAUGAUGCAUGUCAUCGGAUUCUAUCAUGAACACGGUGUGAAAAUCUACAUCAGAUCCUUUUUGUUGAAAAGUCUCAUUAGAAAUGAUUUUGGUAGUUUCGAUUUGAAAACGAAAGUAACAGUGGUGUUCCACCACAUGAAUAUCUCACAACAUGGAACACAUUUUUACAUGGAGAAUUUAGAGCGAUGGGACCGUGACAACUUUAUUGACAUCAUCUGGCAGAAUAUUGAUCGAGGAGCACUGGAUCAGUUUGGCAAGGUUGAUCUGAGCAAAACGUCAUAUUACGGGCAACCGUACGACUACAAAUCAAUUCUGCAUUACGACAGCUUGGCGUUCAGUAAAAAUGGCUUUCCAACGAUGCUGCCAAAGCAAAAGUCUGCGACAAUUGGUAAUGCAAAAGACUUCAGCGACGUGGACCUGGCGAAAAUCAAUCGCAUGUACAGCUGCCCAGUCGAGAGCAAGCAGCAAACGGCUCCGUUUGCUAGAGCUCAGGUUAGUUCCAUCAAUAUACAAAUAGGAGUAACUGCCCCGACCGACUUUCUAUUAACCUCGGCAUUGAUCAAGUGA